UAUAGCAUUCCAGUAGUUAAAAUAAAUAUGGACAUGCAGCGCUUAGAUAUCAAAAUUUCAAAAAAACAAUUUCAAUGCUUGAUUCUUCUGAAUGACUCCAUGGACAGAAUGAAUAAAGGUUUGCCAUACAGAAAAUACAGGCCAUUCCUUGAUAUAUAUUCCGGUCAUGCAAAGGAAUGGUGGCAAUUUGCUUAUGAGUGCAUUGUCAAUGAACAAAUUCGACGAGUGAGAAAAAAUUGGGAUUGGAAUCAUAUAAAAGGACACAGAAUGGUGUAUAAGUUGUAUAGCAAAGCUUUUAAAGAAAAAGUCAAACGAAAAGGGCGCAUUACAGAAGAUAUAAAAGGACAAAUAGAAUUUUGUGAGGAUUAUUUGGAUACUGCAAAUAUACUUCUUAUACGAAAACAAGUUUAUUUUGAGCUAGAAUUAGAAGAAAAGCAAAAACAAGACUCAGCCAAAAAUAAAUCAUGGUUAUCGCGUUGGUGGUCUGGUAGUGAUACCGAUUUGGAUUCAUCUGGAAACAUAAGUAAAACUUUGAAUGCCAUGAAAAAUAUAUUCAAAUAAUAUGCUUUUAAUGGAAUUCUAUUUUUAUAGA